UCGAGGUGAGUGAGAGUGCGGUCCAGUAAACUCCGGAUUUUUCCUCCAAUACGUGUGCUGCCCCCCCCUCCCCCUCCCUGUCUAUCCAGAACUGUUAAAAAUUCUAUGUUAUGAUCAGGCCCAGCUUACUGAAGAUAACAAGUGACAUGACACAGGAGUGAGAGAUGCAGCUGUCAUCCCUGUCAUCUGUCACCACCACCACCAUGAUAUUCCAGUGACGCCCCCUGCCAGGCCCCAGACUGGAAUUACUUGAGACAUAAGAGAGAGACAGAGACAGAGAGAGAAAGAGAAAGAGAGAGAGAGAGAAAGAAAGAGAGAGAGAGAGAAAAAAAAAAAGAGAUGGCAAACAAGAACAAUGACAGACAGCAACCACCCCCCAACCCUUUCCUUCUCUCUGCCACCACCACCACCGCCACCCCAAGCUCGCUCUUCUCCCGCAGCACAGGGACAGCCGAGGGUGACGACAUACCACUGUCGUCCACCACCUCUCCUUUCGGUCUACCCACCACCUUGUCCUCCUUCACACCUCCACUCUUCACCACACAGACUCAGGGGCAGACACAAGCUUUCCUGACACCCUUUACCAGCUCCCUGAAGCCCCCCACUAGUCUGGCCACGAUCCCCAGCCUGGCCAGGGACACCACGGCCCCUACAGCCAGUGGCAUCUUCAGCAACAGUCAGGUGAGGACCACAGUGACAACGCCAUCCCUCUUUGGCGGUACCAAGAGGACUAGCGAUGCCAUGGCCAGGGAGGGCGAACAGGCUGCCACUGAUUCGCCCUGCCCUCUGCUGCCCAGCCCUGCAGCAUCUGGUGUCUUUAGCAGGAUGGCCAGGGGAGGAUUUGGGGCAGUCCCAUCACCACCUAAAAUCUUUGGGGGGAGUGAGGGGACCACUACAGUGUUCAGCAGUGCAGGAGGAGGUGGUGGUGGUGGUGGUGGUGGUGGCGGCGGCAGCGGCCAGGAAGAGUCUCUGUUUGGCCAGUUCACUGCUCCACCAGCACCACACACUGACCAGUUCAAGGAGGCAAGGAUGGGGGAGGCUGGCCCCUCCUCUACUGGCAGGUCACCCUCCAAGAUGUUUGGUGGUCUUGGCGGCACAAGUAGUGUGCUGCAGCUCUCAGCACUGGGCAAGGCAGCCUUGGCACCCUUCAGCUCCCCUGAGGGCAAGGCAAAGGUCAACAGAAAGGUAACCAAGACAGAGGCUGCAGACGUGUCUCCCGUUCCGGCCAAGGACAGCAAGGGCAAGGGGCAGAGCUCCCCACCAAACUACAACAAGAAAGAGCUGACCAAGGUGAUCGUGGCGGACAUCCACGACAGCUGCCUGGACAAGGACAUCCUCAAGGCUCACUUCUCAAAGUUUGGUGACAUCAAGCGCCUGGUGCUGAACGCCCACACCCAUCACGCCACUGUCAUCUACACCACACACCACGCUGCCUCGCAGGCCAAGCGGCACGGCUGCAAGCUGCACCCCAAGCUGCCCAAGGUGAAGAUCUUCUAUGGCACACCAGCACGGCACAAGAGUGAUGAUGCCAGCAGCUCCAAUGCUGUUCAGGCCAAGAAGAAGGCCAUCCGCACCCUUCAGCAGGUGCAGCAGCCCAGCGACCUUGACCCCUACACACCCUUGCAGCGCCCCAGCACGGACCCACUGCCAGUGGCCAAAAAGUCACUCAAGGUGCAUACCGGCAGAGCUGCUGCCAAGGCAGCCCAGCCAUCGCCAUCGCUGCUGCCACCACCAGCCACCAAACGACUGUCAGUGCCAAAGAAGAAGGUGCGCAGCAAGUCGCCAGGACGCGAGGCCAAGGAGGCCAGCACAGUGAUGGCCGAUGAGGGCAACCUGGCAGCCAUGCUGGAGUGUGUUGCACAGAACAACAAUGACCGCUACACCAUCCUGAAGACACGAGACAAGCUGCUGCGGCGUGAGCGUCACCGCACCUCAGACCUGCAGCAAGCCACCUACCUGGCAGCCACCUGCCCUGACAUGUGCCCCGAGCUGGAGCGCUACAUGCGGGACGUGCAGUGCGACCUCAGCACCACCUUUGAGACAACGGAUGGCAUGCUGGACCACCGCCUCGCUACCAAGAAGUUCUCCCGAAGCAGUGCCGACAAGGAGCUGCCGCUGCCGCACGAGCUGCGGCCUGGCCCAGUACUGCUGCGCACCAUGGACUUCCUGGUAUGCAAUGUGAUUGGCCGCGUGGAUGAGGCCAACAUGGAGGCUGACGUGUGGUACAACUACCUUUGGAACAGAACGCGGGCCGUGCGCAACGACCUGAUGCAGCAGCAGCUGGUGGAUGGUGAUGCAGUGGCCAUCAUGGAGCGCUGCACUCGCUUCCACAUCUAUGCAGCAGAGCGGCUGUGCGAGGAGCCAGCCGACCUGUACGACGACAAAAUGAACACAGAGCACCUCACCAAGAGCCUGCAGACCCUCAAGGAGCUAUACCACGACCUGGCGGAGCAAGGGUGCUACUUCUCCUCCGAGGCAGAGUUCCGUGCCUACGAGAUGCUGCUGAGCCUCAACGACGGUGAGGCCAUCGUCAACAAGUACGCCCAGUUCAGGGAUGAGGUGCAGAAGUCACCUGCCGUGCAGUUUGCCCUCAAGGUGAUCCUGGCUGUCACCUUCAACAACUACGUCAAGUUCUUCCGCCUGGUGAGGGAGUCAGCUACCUUCCUGCAGGGCUGCCUGCUUCACCGCUACUUCCGCCAGGUGCGCUCCCGGGCCCUGGAGACCAUGGUGCGCUCCUACAUGCCCCGCAAGGGCCCCCAAACCAUUCCUCUGCCCACCCUCAUCCAUAUCCUGGGGUUUGAGAAUGAGCAAGAGGCAGUGGAGUACCUGCGGUGCCACGGCAUCAGUGCUGGGGACGGCGCCGUGUUGCUGGACCGGCACUGCUUCAUCCGCACGCCAGAGGAGUUGCCACCCUCAGUGCGGCCAGUGACACUGGUAGAGGUGAACUGCACUGUGUCAGUGGGGGAGGUGAUCCAGGGCGGCCCCAUGCCCCCAAACCCCCUGCACAUUCACAUCCCCCACGACAGCUUCGAUCAGCAGGGCCACCUCAAGCCGGAUGCACGGGAUGCCUCAGACCAGUCCCGGGCUGGGGUGGGGAUGCCUGCUCCACUGGAUCUGGGCCUGGCCCCAGUGGUGAGACACCCUGAGGCACUGCAGAAUUAUGAACUGCUUUCCCACAUGAAGGACAUCUACAGCACAGUGGAAGGAGCGGUGCUGCCAGCUAUGCUGCGGGAGGUGAGCCAGCAGGUUGUGGAAGCAGCGCGGCAUGACGUGGUAGCCCAGGGUGUGGCCGCCGACCUGCUGGCAGAGAGCGUGCGGCAGGAGGUGGACCGAGUGGGCCGGGAGGGCUACCACGAGGUGGAGUGUGAGGAAAGGGAGAGACAGAGGAAGCAGCAGGAGGAGGAGGAGAGGCAGAGGAAGGCACUGCAGGAGGCAAGAAGGAUGGCUGGCAACUUGCUGUUUGCUGAGUACAGCAGUCAGUUUCUGGACAGCUGUGUGAGGGAGGUGUGUCAAGAGGCACAGCAAGAGGUGGCAGAGGAAGUGGCCUUGCAGGAGCUGGUGAGGGAGCUGCCCCUGAUAUGCUGCGAGGAGGUAGUGGUGGAGGAGGCUGCUGCGCUAUGCCAGGAGGCUGUGGAGGAGCUGGCAGCACAGCAGCAGCAGCGCGUGGAGGCCUUUACCAAGAGGGUUGCCCUGAGGAGGAUGGCGCAGCACUUCCAGGUGUGGCGCAUGCAGACCCAGAAGGCCCAGCGGCGCAAGGAGUCACUGUUGACAUUCCCAGCGGCCUGCUCCAGUCUGUCCCUGUGCCAGCAGAACCAGGCCCUGGGCUGGGGCUACGCAAGGGAUCCCAACCAUAACAUGUCCACCCCCCGUCUGGCCUGGCUGCAGGAGGCCACCAGGGAUGCCCUCAAGAAGCUUACCAUCAGGAACCGGCUGAUGAAGGAGUGCGCCUGGCAUCCCUUGCCCCUGCAGCACCACCUGGCAGCCCUGGUGUCUGGCCCGCCCCCUGCCCACCACAACCUGCUGACGCGUUACUUCAAGGUGCUUGUGUGCUGGGAGGAGGCUGUGCGUCCCGAGGUGGUGCUAUGGCUACGCUCCAAACUGGGAGGACAGGAGGGCAGCAGGAGGGCAGGCCAGGAGGCAGGACAGGGCAUGAGCCAGGACAUCUUGCAGCCGCUGGACACCACCUUCAGCUUUGUAUCACAGUGCAGCGGCCUGGAGUACGCCUGGGUCCUGAGGGAGGUGCCGGGUGCCGCCCUGGCUGCCACUGAUCUCAGGGGCACAGCACUGCUCAUCUUUGUGUCAUCUAGCCAGGCUGGCCAGAGUGCAUGUCGGGGGAGGGUGCGGGAGCUGCUGCGGGGUGAGCCAAGAGUGUCCUUCCAUGAGAUGCACUUUGAGGGUGGACCAAAGGCACCACGGGAGGGGUGGUCACUGGUGGAGGAGGACUUGGUCAAGCCCGAGACCUCAGACAGGCUGCAAUCACUGCUGAUGGAGUCAUGGCGGCAGCAGAGUGAGCGGGUGUGUGUGGCAGCAUCCUGCCUCAAUGACCUGGCCAACGACGCUGUGGUGCGGCACUUCCUGGAGCCAGCACUUAGGCGGCAGGAGGAAAGGGCCACAGAUGGCAGGGCGCCCCUCCCCCCAGCUGCCCUUAUUGAUCUGUACAACAGUGUGCUGGACACCCUGGUGUGUGCUGUGUCUGAUGACACCCUUGCCACACUGUCCUGGCCACCUCCAGAGGUGGCCCACCUGACACAGGUCCCACCACCCUCCUGGAAUGGCACAGAUGCCACACAGGCAGCACAGCUCCUAGCUGACAUGAGGCUGCCACUGCUGCAGCUAGAAGGGGCUGCCACCACCUGGAAUGGCCUCACUGCACUGCUGCACCGUUACGCUGCCACUGUGUCCAGACAGGCCGGCGAGGCUCCUGUGCUGGUCUCCCACAUGGACGCCAUCCUGGCUGACACACAGCCCAGCCUGCAGCACCUGCUGUGUGAGGUUGGGGAGGAGGAAGCCUUCCCCACACUGGAGAUCCAUCCCCUGCUGGUGCCCUGGCCACAGGUCAUCUAUGCUUGUGCCUCCUACAGACUGUCGGGGCUGCCUGGCACCAUAGUGUACUACCAGCCCCAUGCUCUCCACCACUUUCCCUGUCCUGCCUCCUGGGGAGCUGCCUGUCGCGCCUCAGACCCGGGGUGGCAGGAGGCCAUCAAGAGAAGCUGCAGUGGUGCCUCCAGGAAGCGGAAGGCACAGCAGGAGGAGGAGAAGCAGGAGAGGAAGGUGACCAGGACCAAGACUGUGCACUCCAAGCUGUUGGACGACAUCGCCUUGGAGAAACAGAAAUGUGCAGAGUUUGAGAAGAACCUGGAGAGUCUGCUGGACAUUGAGGAGGAGCUGAGGCUGCUCUUCAACACCAGCUACUGAGGCCUUUCAUCCAUCCGACUGUGACAUGUUGCUGCUUUCUAGGACAAGUUCUUUCUCUGGAGUUGAAAAUUAUGAGAUGGAUCAGAUGUUGAUGCAGCAACCUCAAGAAAACACAGCUCACAGGAUACAGCUGAGAGGACAAAUAAAUGGUCACUACUUGAAUGAAGUGAGUGAAGUGCUUCUUGUUAUGUGUUGAGUUUUACAGUGUUUGCUGCCAGAUAGGACCUACAAGUACCUACAGCACCAUACUAAAUUAUGUCCUCUUGUUCACCAGUAUUUUGUCUUACUAUGUAUGUGAAGAGGUUUGUUACUUUUGAAUUUUCAGCAUUUUUAUUUUUAUUUUAUUUUAUUUAUUUUUAUUUUUUUCUUUCCAUGUAUGUUUACAGUCAUUAUGAAGAGUCAAGGAGUAAACCAGUAUAUGUUUUUAGGCCUUGCUGUGGAUGUGUGGCCAGCAGUUCUAUGCCUAAGUUGUUUCUUUCCACUGGUGGUCAACAGGGCUAAGAGUGGGAAUGAUGUGUGUGAGUGUGGUGCUUUCUCUAAGCUACCUUGUAUGGGAUUGCCAGCCUCAAUUCUGAAACAUUUCUGCAUCGCAACUCCACUAAUUUAAAAAAAACUAUCGUAGAUGAACCUACACAGGUUUUUAAGGGUAUUGUGAUAGUUCUAGUGACAGAUUAACAACAUUUCUAUAUUAUUAAAAAGAGAAACAGUCUUGAGAUUACAGCUUAUUAUCUCUGUGGUCCUUGAAAACAGUUAUGAUGAGAGCACACACACACACACACACACACACACACACACACACACACACACACACACACACACACACACACACACACACACACACACACACACACACACAC